AUGGAGAGGAUUUAUAAUGCUAAGAGGUGCCCAAAGGAGAAUAGGUUGGCCUACAUUGAGUAUUUACUGACUGGUGAGGCUAGCCAUUGGUGGAGCAACAUGAGAUCCUUGUUAGAGAGCAGUGAUACUCAGAUUACUUGGGAGUUGUUCAAGAAGAAGUUUUACACUGAGUACUUUCUUGAUAAUGUGUGGUUUGCUAAAGAGGUUGAGUUUCUUCAGUUGGUGCAGGGUGGUAUGUCGUUUUCUGAGUAUGCUGACAGGUUUAAACAUCUUAUCCGAUUCCACACAUUAGCCAUGGAUGAGGAGUGGCGAUGUAGAAAGUUUGAGAAUGGUUUAAGAGGUGACAUCAAGUUGUUGGUUGAUGGCUUAUGUAUUAAGGAGUUUCCUGCUUUGGUAGAGAGAGAGCAAGAGUGCUUGAGAAGCUAA